AUGGCGUCAAUGUGGAUGUCCGACUCUCAAAAAAUUGGAGUAAUCUUCUGCUCCGGAGGAGGUUUCUUCCUCAUCGGUGGAGUGAUGCUGUUCUUUGACCGAGCAAUGCUGGCCAUGGGAAACAUUCUCUUCCUCAUCGGCCUGACCAUCAUCAUCGGACCCCAAAAGACACUCCUCUUCUUCGCGCGGAAACAAAAGGCAAAGGGCACGGCCGCCUUCUUUGGCGGUCUUACCCUGAUCCUGCUACGGUGGCCCCUAAUCGGCUUCUGCGUCGAGCUCUACGGCAUCAUGGUCCUCUUUGGCGACUUCCUCGGCACGAUUGCCGCUUUUGCGCGUAACAUCCCCGUCAUCGGGCCGUAUAUCGGCACCGCGGUCGACCGGUCUGGUGUCGGUCGCCGGAACGCUGAGUUGCCUGUGUAA